CCCCCAUUUUGUUUUUGUGCGGCAUAAUGAGCCUCCUGGAGUUUCACUCGUAUAACGAGUAUGUGGACCAGUUCACAACCCUCAGCGACGUUCGCUAUUUGCGCAACUGGGACUUGCAGAGAAAACUAAUCAAGAAUGCCUGCGGCAAGAGCUGCCUGGGCGGCCUGCUCACUGAGGAGGAGUACCACGAUCGUCGUCAGAAGGAGUUGGACAUGUUGAAGCCGCGGGGUCUUGCUGAGUCUCAGCUCUUUGGCGACUUUUUGAACAACAAUGAUCGCGUGCUAAAGCAAAUAGCCAAGCGAGAGAAAAUGUUGCUCAAUAAGCAAUUGUCGACUAUUAUCUACCUGUUGAUGCGCUCCAGCAAUGGCCUGGAGGUGUCUGGUUUCAUCGACCUGGAGCAAAGUUUGCGCGAGUCUCGGUUCCUUGGCUCCAAGUACUUCGUGGACUGGAAGGGUGUGUUCGAGGGCACGGUCAAGCUCAAGCCGGGAAAACACCACCUGAGCCACUAUGACUGGUACAAGAACCGAGUGGUGUACAACGACAGCGAUAACUUCCAGGUGGUCGACGAGGGGGCGCACAGCCUGCUGAUGCAGCACCGCGGCGACCACAAGAUGAUCUGUGUCAAUACGAAAUGUGACUGUCCCGCCUCAAAGAACGCCAGACGCUCCAUGCACGCGUCGCCCAUUUAUGGACAUGCCAUAUUUUUCGAUCACAUAAUCAGGCGCAUCAAUUAACAUGGACUUAGUGUGUCAAUAAAAGUCAAUUAGGGGUAAAU